AUGGAGGAAGACAGAGAUUGUUCAGCGACAUGGGACGAGAUAAAUCGCGUGAUUUGUCCAGAGAAUAUGGAAAGGAUAGCAGCAAGAAAUGCUUCAAAUUCAGCGACGAUAUUAGUCAUAGUAAAUUACGUGGAGACACUCAUCACAAGCAACUCGCCAAAGACUUAUUUGAAGUUGAAACGGCUUAUAGAGGCACUGCUACAAGACGAUAGCCCAAAUAAGGAGUGGAUUUUGAGUCUUGUAUCCCAGCUUAAUAACUGUGAUACAACAAAGGCAAUGUACACUGAAUUGUAUGAGAUAAUUACACACCAUUAA